AUUCGUCAGUUUGCCAGUUCCUCUGUUUUGUAGCCACUAUUAUUGAUUCCAUCCACAUGUAAGGCAAGCGUUAGCAAAAAAAAAAAAAAAAAAAAGGGGGGAAACUAAUCCCGAACAAAGAAAACGCUUCGGCGGACCCUUUAAGGCCAUUUUGGAAUAAUUAAUGACGUCGAGCUGUAAACAAGACUGACGCUCCAAGCUGCGUGGCCAAAGCGAGCAUCCUCCGGUGGACCUACCGACCGACACUUCGCCAGCGCCACCCGGUCGCCGCAGAUAUUGUUUCGGCUGACGUCCACGGCGGUUCCCACUCGUCUUAUGCGGUCCCCGGUUACAAGACGCAUUGGUCCCGUUUGAGUGUCAUGGCUAGAAAGACCGACAUUCCCCCCAUCUACUACGAUUUUGGUGCUUGGUUUCCUGUUGAAUAUUGUUCACCUUUGACACUUUGGGGUUUAAAUAAAUAUUUGUAAACUGUUUACAACUACGUGCCUUGCCAUCCUUGGUUUGAAAGUCCGGUUUACAAAGGUUACAUUACCUUCACCUGAGGCUGGGUGUGACAUAUGGUGGCAGCGGUGGGAUGGCAAGCCGCGGUGGGAUGGCAAGCCGCGGUGGGAUGGCAAGCCGCAGAGUUUACAACAAACCUGGCAGAGGGCGGGCCAGAACUGGUUUGAAAUCCAAAGUGUCUAAGGUGGCAAUGACAGAGGAGACUAAUGAGAUGGUCGGUCGAGGGGCCAAGGCGAUGAGGCUGGACCGGGCGACCAUGGCUGAGGAGCGUGAAGUUGGGUGGAACACCAAGGAGUCUGAAGAAGACGGCAAAGGUGAGCCACAGAAGUUUGACCCAAACUUCAGAGGGCCAAUUCAUAACAGGAGCUGCACGGAUGUGAUCUGUUGUGUUAUUUUCAUCAUCUUCAUCAUCGGCUACAUCGCACUGGGCACCGUGGCCUGGAUCUACGGCGACCCUAGGAGGGUGACCUAUCCAACCGACAGCCAAGGGCAGUUCUGUGGCCAACAGGGCACUUCUAAUGCAAACAAAACCAUCUUGCUCUACUAUAACAUGUUGAAAUGUGCCAACCCUGCAGUGUUGAUUAACCUCCAGUGCCCUACAACCCAGCUCUGUGUCUCCAAGUGCCCUGACAGAUUUGCCACGCUUUUGACUGCCCACAAUAUCCCAGCCGACUGGAAUUAUUAUAAGCAAUUCUGCAAACCGGGCUUUAGCAGUAAGACAUCUCUAGAAAUCCUAAAACAUGAUGACUGCCCAUCCAUGAUUGUGCCAAGCAGACCAUUUAUGCAGCGGUGCUUCCCAGAUUUUAACAGUUUAAAUGGAAAAUUAACUGUAGCCAACAAGACUACUUUUAAUGACGGAAGCGUCGACCAAAGCGUCACCAAUUUGAAAACCGCUGUCAAUGGUAUAUCCAAUCUGAUGAAUGCCCAAGAUUAUGGCUUGAGGAUCUUUGAGGAUUAUGCAAAUUCCUGGUAUUGGAUCCUCAUAUCUCUGGUCAUAAGCAUGUUGGUCAGCCUGUUCUUCAUCCUGCUGCUGCGCUUCAUCGCCGGCGUGUGUGUAUGGAUCAUCAUCGUUGGCGCCAUCGUCGCGAUCGGCUAUGGAAUUGGCCACUGCUACUGGGAGUACAGCAGGCUUAGCAAGACGCUGGACGCAAGCGUCACCAUCUCCGACAUUGGCCUGCAGACAGACUUCAACGUUUACCUUCAGCUCAGCCAGACGUGGCUCAUCUUCAUGAUCUUGCUGGCCGUGAUCGAGGUCAUCAUUUUGAUUGUGCUGAUUUUCCUGAGGCAGCGGCUCCAAAUCGCUAUCGAGCUGCUGAAGGAGGGAAGCAGGGCCGUAGGAUACGUCAUGACGGCUCUCCUUUACCCCAUCUUCACCUUCUUCCUGAUUUUUGUUUGCAUCGCUUAUUUUGCAGUCACAGCAAUUAUGCUAGCAUCCUCCGGUAUCCCUGUGUACAAGGUGACGUCUACAGAUGACAAGUGCAUUCAUAACAACGCCAUAUGCAUUCCACAGACGUUCAGCACAACCAAAAUCCCCACCGAGUGUCCCGGCUCACAGUGUUCGUUCGCCUUCUACAGCGACGAACGCUACAUCGUUCUCUUCCACCUGUGUAAUCUGUUUGCCUUCCUGUGGUUGGUCAACUUUACCAUCGCGCUGGGCCAGUGCACGCUGGCCGGCGCCUUUGCAUCCUAUUACUGGGCCCUGAAGAAGCCUGAAGACAUCCCCGCCUGCCCGCUCUUCUCGUCUUUCAGCAGAGCUAUACGUUAUCACACAGGCUCGCUGGCCUUUGGUGCUUUCAUCCUCUCUGUGGUACAAAUGAUCCGCAUUGUCCUCGAGUACCUGGACCACAAACUGAAACAGUCCCAAAAUGCAUAUACUCGCUACGUGCUAUGCUGCCUCAAAUGCUGCUUCUGGUGCCUAGAACGUUUCAUCAAGUUCAUCAACAAGAAUGCAUACAUCAUGAUAGCAAUAUAUGGAAAGAACUUCUGCACGUCCUCCAAGAAUGCUUUCUUCCUCUUGAUGAGGAAUAUUAUUAGGGUGGCCGUCCUCGACAAGGUGACUGAAUUCCUGUUGUUUCUGGGAAAACUGCUCAUUGCAGGAAGUGUAGGUAUUCUUGCAUUUUAUUUCUUCACUCAUAAAUUAGCAGCCGUUGAAGAUGGUCCGAAACUAAAUUACUUCUGGAUCCCUAUGGUGACGGUGAUCAUUGGCGCCUUCUUGGUCGCACAUGGCUUUUUUAACGUCUACUCCAUGUGCGUGGACACCUUGUUCUUGUGCUUUUGUGAAGACCUGGAGAGGAACGACGGGUCCUCCUCCAGGCCCUACUUCAUGUCUCCCGGCCUGCGCAGGAUCCUGCACAAAGGGGAUUCCGGUGCCAUAUCUUCCUCGUGAGCUACGAGACUAUUGAACUCCAAAAAAAAACUGAUGACUCUUUGAAGUCGACUUUUCUUCAUAUCUGCUGUGCACAGCCUGGACGUGAUGACAUUUUCUCCCCCUCACUUUUCCCCCCUUUUCUGCAUUCUUUGCCUUACUGAGGAGAGGACACGUGUCAAAUCACAGGCUGCCCCCGAUGCAGAGAUGCAUGGUACACACAGCCCCUAUGUGGCGUGCGGCAAUCACCUUAGUGACACUUUUUCUGUACAACCAACUUUUGUAUGCACUUUCACUUCCACAAAAGGACCGUGGGGGACUUACGGUGGAUUAAGGAGGGAAAUAAAACAGCAGCUUUUUUAUCAACCGAGUACAAUUCAAUUGAAAAAUAAAUUGUGUUGAGGAAAUACAUAAAAUAAAAAUGUACGAUGGGAUUUGUUGCAUCACUAUAAAAGAAAACAUUGGACUUUAAAAAUCCUUUAAUGAAUUCACGUUUAAAGUAACAUUUUAACUGUCAUACAGGUGUUAAAAAAAAAGUUAAAACUAUGACAAAACAUACGUGCUAGCUUUUCCAGAUUUAUUUUUCACUUGAAUUUCAUAAAAAAUAAAAAAAAAUGUUGAUUUUAACCAAAAAAAAAAGUUGCUACUCUUAAGACUUAUCUAUCCACUAGGUCAGCAUGAUGACUUUGAAGGACUUGAGUGUUCAUGCUUUCUUCUUAAAAUACUCACUAAUCCUCCCCCCCCCACACACAAAAAGGAAGUACCGUAUGUUUCGGAGUAUAAGUCGCACCUGCCGAAAAUGCAUAAUAAAGAAGGGAAAAAAAACAUAAGUCGCACUGGAGUAUAAGUCGCAUUUUUGGGGGAAAUGUAUUUGAUAAAACCCAACACCAAGAAUAGACAUUUGAAAGGCAAUUUAAAAUAAAGAAUAGUGAACAACAGGCUGAAUAAGUGUACGUUAUAUGAGGCAUAAAUAACCAACUGAGAACGUGCCUGGUAUGUUAACGUGACAUAUUAUGGUAAGAGUCAUUCAAAUAACUAUAACAUAUAGAACAUGCUAUACGUUUACCAAACAAUCUGUCACUCCUAAUCGCUAAAUCCCAUGAAAUCUUAUACGUCUAGUCUCUUACGUGAAUGAGCUAAAUAAUAUUUUACGGUAAUGUGUUAAUAAUUUCACACAUAAGUCACUCCUGAGUAUAAGUCGCACCCCCGGCCAAACUAUGAAAAAAACUUGCGACUUAUAGUCCGAAAAAUACGGUAAUGUAUUUUCCAUUUUUUACAUGAAAUCCCUGCACUUCAUGCCCAAAUUAGAUGUACUGAAAACCAGACUUUGUGUGAGGUCAAGACUGGAGACGGUGAGGUUUUUUUGGGCGGUAGUCGCGGGUUUAUGUGCCUAGUUGUGUAAAAAAAAAAAAAAGUGUUUUAGAGCUAACAUACUGGAAACGUUUUUCAUAGUUUGUAUAAAAAAAGGAUGUCAAAGCCAUUUUUGGUAAUUUUUUUAUGAUUGGAUGGUUGAGAUGUUUUAAUACCAAGUAUGACCUACACAUAGGUUACUCCGUCUUCUUUUGCAUAGAUGACUUUUUUUAUCGAUGAAAUCUAAAGACAAUGUGAGUUUACCUUUUUUUUGUUUUUUUAAAUAAAUUUGAAAUGGCUUGACAUUGUUUUAUUUCAACAGUCUUUCUCCUCAGCUGCCUUAACAACGAAACGCUGCGACACAACUUCAAAAAGAAGAAGGGAAAUUGGAAAAAUAGCAGCACUAAUGAAUGCACUUUUGUUCUCUGGGAUGGUGAAACAGCUUGGGGGGGGAACAUGUGUGUUAAACAUUUUUAUCUAAAAGCCCUAAGAUAGACACAUGCUUUAUAGUAUUGUACAGGAGGGGUCUCACAACUUAUUGGAUUAUUAGACUGUGUUCUCUUUAUGUGAUUGGCAACAUUUUAUUUUACUUUAUUAGUGCUGUUUUAUGGUCUUUUUAUGGCAUAUAUAUAUAUAUUAUAUAUUUAAAGCAAUUCGG